AUGCCGCCAACACGACGUAAAAUAACACAAAAAAAAAAAGUAUCAAUUGAUACUAUGAGUAUCUCGGCAAUAAGAAAGAAAAUACAUGAUAUUGAAAGAUCCUUAAGAAGGGAAAAUUUAACAGCCAAGAUUCAAGUUGAUUCGGAAAGAAAGUUAAAAGCCUAUAAUUUAAUUCUUAUAGAGAAAAGGAUCGAUUCGGAAGAGAAUAAAAUGUCAACAAAAUAUCGAAAAGUUAAACAUUUUGACAGAGUAAAAACCGAUAGAAAAAUAAAAAAGACUGAAAGACAAUUAUUAGAAAUAAAAGAUCAACAAGAAAAAGAUGAUACCUUAAAAAAAUUAUUUGAUUUACAAGUGAAUCGAAACUAUAUUAUCCAUUUCCCAAAAAGUCGUAAAUAUUUGGCACUUUAUCCAACUUCCAAUGGCGAUGAUCCUAAUAUGAUAGCUGAGAGAAAUGAGAUUAAAGAUCUUAUCAAAAAAGCAAUGGAAAAAAAUGAUUUUGAUUCUCUGAAUAGGCAAUCUAGAGAAGAAAUUAGAGCUAAAAUAUUACUAAAGAUCUUCUUUCGAACAAUUGAAGGCUUAGUCAAAAUGGUAAAUAAUUGA